GAUAUUAUGCAUACAUUUUCGGCAUUUUGAUAAGAAUGUCAUAAUUCGAUUUUCGGGCGGGUAUAUAAGCCGUUGCAACAUCUUGUUGCAGCAUCAGUUUGUUUUCUCCUGUUGGUUAAGCAAGCAAACAAAGAUGAAGUUUGGAAUAAUUGCAUUCGCUUGUCUCGUGGCCGCUGUUUCAGCCCACUACGACUACAAAGUUGGAAAUGUACCCACAACGGUCAAUCAGGAUUUCAUUAACUUGAUUCUCCGUCAUGUGUCACAACCAAUCUUCGUCGAGGAAUACCGCAAAUACAUUGAGACUCCCGUUAUCGAUGCUGAUCGCUAUGUGAGCGUCGAUAUUUUCAAGAACAAGAUUUACAAGUUCUUCAAGACCUACGAUAUGGGUUUGGUGUUGCCACGCCGUCGUCCAUACACCGUCUUCGAUGAACACUUUUUGGAACAAACCGGUUUGCUCUUCAAUGUAUUCUACUAUUCCAAGGACUUGCCAACACUCUUCGAAAACAUUAUUUGGGCCCGUGAGAAUGUCAAUGAAAUGAUGUUCGUCCAUGCCUUGACCUUGACUGUCUUCCAUCGUAGCGAGUUGAAGAACAUCGUAUUGCCUCCAUUGUAUGAAAUUAUCCCCAACCACUUCUUCAACUACGAAGUCUUGCAAAAGGGUAUUGACUACAAAUUGAAUGGCUUGUGGAAAUUGAACAGCACCUUCACUUUGACCACUGACUACACUUCUCGCUACUAUUUGGACAAAUUCCAGGAACAACGUGUCUCCUACUUCACUGAAGACAUUGGCAUCAACAGCUUCUACUACUACUUCUACCAAAGAUAUCCUUUGCACUUGGGUGUCAAGGAAAUCUUUUCUCUCGACAAAGAACCCGUCGGAGAAUUGUGGUUGUGGAUGCAUCAACAAUUGUUGGCCCGUUACUACUUGGAACGCAUCUCCAACGACUUGGGAGACAUUCCCGAUUUCUUGUGGGUUAAGGGAAUCAAGAAUGGAUACUGGCCAAUGCUUCGCUACAAGAAUGGCAUGGAGUUUGCUUACCGCAGCGAUUACUACAGCUACGAAUCAAUGGACAAAGAUUUGCUUCAAAACAUCGUCGACUGGGAAUUGCGCAUCAAGGGAUUGAUUGAUCACGGCGUCAUUACUCUCGGAGAAACCACAAUCUCCAUCAAGGAUAGUGACUUUGUGAACAAACUCGGUCUCAUCUUGUUGGGUGACGUUAAGGAUGUCCGAUUCUACCGCUACUUGAUCGUUUUCUACCACAUGUUGGCUGGUGGACGUGGCACCGUUAAACAAGAUCCCUACUUUAUCACUCCCUCCGUUUUGGAACACUUUGAGACGUGCUUGCGUGAUCCCGUCUUCUGGCAAUUGUACAAACGCGUUGUCAAGUACUGGUUGCAAUACAAGGACAUCUUGCCACACUACGUUGUCAAGGACUUGUAUGUUCCUGUGAAGAUUGAGAAUGUCAUCGUUAGCCCAUUGAAGACGUUCUUUGAGUAUGACGAAGUUGAUGUCACCAAUGCUGUCGACAUUGAUUUGGUCGAGAAGGAGCACAAGUUCCAAUUCAAAGUCCGUCAACCACGCCUCAACUACGAACCCUUCGAUGUUACCGUUAACGUUGAUGUUGAGACUGCCGGCGAAUAUACCGUCCGUUUCUUCCUCGGUCCCAAGGUCUUGAACCGCUAUCAAUUGAACGAUGUCCGUCAAAACUUCUUCGAAUUGGAUCACUUCAUCUAUGACUUCAAAGUUGGCAAGAACACCAUCAUGCGCAAAUCUCGCGAGUUCUUGUACUUCUUCAAGGAUUUGGUGAAAGUUGGCGGCGGUGAAUACUUGAGCCAAUACGGUUUCCCCAUGAACUUGUUGUUGCCCAAGGGUAAAGUUGGUGGCAUGCCAUUCACUUUCUAUGUCAUUGUUCACAAGAACGACUUUAAACAACAACUUGGUUUCCCAUUCGACCGCAAAAUCGACUAUUACAACUUCUUCGUGCCCAACAUGUACUUCAAGGAUGUCAUCAUUUCCCAAUUUGUUGACUUGGAUGUUCAUGCCGACACACCCUUGAACAACUUUUACUACAACUCGGUCAUUCCCAUGCACUCCAUCCGUGUCCCCAUGAAUGUCGACUAUUAUCAAAAUGGCAAAUUGGACGAUGUUUUUGUGCACACCAGCGAUAUCUACAACGAUGUUUGGUACACCAAAUACUUGAAGAUCGGAAAAUACAACCACCACUCAAAGAUCUACAACAGCCAUCCCGAAAGCCGUUUCGAUCGCUAUGGAAAAGUUGUCCUUGACAAAUCGAUCUAUCAUCAAGACAAGCCAAUCUACCGCGAAAGAGACGAAGUUGUCCCAAACACCCGUUACAUGGACCGCGAUGUUGUUGGCAAGGACUGGAUUAAAUAUUAAGCUACUUGAUAAUUAAACCAUGCCUUGUGCAUUACAAAAAUGGCUGUUUGAAAAAACUGACAAAUAAAUAAUGAACAUUAACACUGUUCUCGAAAAAGAAAUUUUAGUGCCUUUUAUUUACAUCAAUUUCAUAUUUAACUGUUCGAAGUAAAUUUU